UUAUUCGAAGAGAAUGAACGCAGAAGAACUCGAAAUUGGUACGGUGCUUUACAAUGCAGGGGAUACAAAGCAUUCCGAUUAUUGGGACGAUUCAGAAUUAAUUGAACAUUGGGAUAGAACGAUCGACACCUACAGAAAGUACUACUCAAAACCACGGGCGGAAGAGGAACAGAAGUUGCCGAACUUUGACAGGACGAAGGACAAAGCACAAGAAGGAUGCGUGAAGAAACGCAAACAGAUGCAAAAGAAAAAGAAAUCGAACUUAGCAAAAUUAGAUCCAUCUGCCGCACAGCAACAAUUUGUCCGUCAAAAACAACAAUAUCUGCCCCAAACAGUAGAGCAGGACAUCGAGAAAGAUAUUUCCAAUCUAAUGAUGUCCUGGUAUUAUUGUGGCUACUACACUGGCGUGUACCAAGAAAAAAGACAAAAAAAAGCUAUCUCAGCGCUAUACCCACAAGAACGUACGCGGAGUCCUGAAGUUUAGGGUGGCCUUUUGGAUCUUUUACAAUUUAUUAACUUUAGAUUUGGACAACACACACAAAAGUUUUAGACGAUAAGGAAAUUAAGUUUAAGCGGAUGUAAGAUAAUAGUAGA